GUUGCUCACAAGACGCUGAUGACGUUAGUAGAAGCUGCAGGUUCCUCAGUCGUUAUAGUCCGUUGUUUUAUAAUUACAAAACGGUGGUUUACUAAGAAAAACAAGUUGUCUGUUUCUAUGUUUGAGAAGUAUGAUUGAAUUGUUCUUAACGGGAUUGUAAACAAAGUUAUUUAUCUGUUGUCUGACUGAUGCAACAACAUGUCAUCAUAUGUCAACCGUCCGCUUUUGAGGAUACUCAGGAAGAACAGCUGGGAACAUCUCCGCAAAUAUAACGUUUUAACCGAGCGAACACUACACAGGUCGGUCUCCGCUUCUGUCGGUGAUGAACGUCACUUUACAAGACAGGGAGAGACAAGUCAUGUUAAGUAUGUACGGAACAUUUGGAGCUCGGAAGGCGACAGGAGCAACGGAUCACAGCAGACUUCUCUCAUGUCAGUCGCUUUUUCUUUUGGACUUGGUUGUGCGGCAUUUCUGUAUUUCAAAGGGGACGACAAGGAUGAAGACGCUUGUGAAAGAAGAGUUUCUUUUUGUGGUUCGAUCCUAGCUCGCGUCCUGCCAAUCGCACACUGCGCGUCACCUUUCAAACCCGAUAGUCCGCGGUAUAAGUACAACUUCAUUGCGGAUGUGGUGGAAAAAUCAACCCCGGCGGUCGUCUACAUUGAAAUCGUUGGCAGGCACCCGUUCUCUGGCCGGGAAGUCGCCAUCUCAAAUGGUUCUGGUUUCAUCAUCAGCAGCGACGGCCUCAUUGUGACCAACGCCCAUGUGGUGGCCAAUAAGAGAGGAGUCCGAGUCAAGCUAACCAAUGGGGAUACCUAUAACGCCGCUGUGCAAGACGUGGACCAGGUGGCGGACAUAGCCACUAUCAAAAUCAAUGCUAAGCACCCUCUGCCCACCCUGUCUCUGGGUCUGUCUUCAGAUGUGCGUCAGGGUGAAUUUGUGGUUGCCAUGGGCAGCCCGUUUGCCCUGCGGAACACCAUAACGUCAGGCAUCGUCUCCUCUGUUCAACGGGGCAGCAAGGAGCUGGGUCUGUCCAAUUCCAACAUGGACUACAUCCAGACGGACGCAGCCAUCGACUUUGGGAACUCUGGAGGUCCCCUGAUCAAUCUGGACGGAGAGGUGAUUGGCAUCAACACCAUGAAGGUGACUGCAGGAAUCUCCUUCGCUAUCCCCUCGGAUCACGUCAAACAAUUCCUGAGCCAAGCCUCUGACAAGAAGAAAACACCGUUGGGGCAGUCGGACAGUCAGAGGAGAUACAUUGGUGUCAUGAUGCUGACCCUGACUCAGAGAAUCAUUGCUGAGCUGAAGUUGAGAGAUCCGUCAUUCCCUGACGUCACCCACGGAAUCCUGAUUCACCGGGUUAUUCUCGGCUCCCCAGCCAGUAGGGCAGGUAUGAAGCCAGGUGACAUAGUGUUGGAGAUCAACGGCACCAAGGUGAACACAGCGGAGGAGAUCUAUAAUGCUGUUCGGACCAGCGACAGCAUUACCAUGGUGAUCAGGAGGGGUCAAGACCUUCUUAUGCUACACAUGACCCCCGAGUUGACAGAAUAACCAACCUGGACGAUUAUUGGAGGAGCAGGGAAGCUCUGAACAGGACUACUGACAAACAGCUUAGCCACUGCGUAGGACAGGACUGCUGAAGAGGACAUGACAACAGAAUGAUCUCACAUGCAACAUGCUAACCACCGUUAGCUGGAUAUGUGUUUUUCAGUCCUUCAGAUAAACACCCAGGUUUUGAGGAUGUUAGUAUACAAGUAAUGGGCGGUAAGAUGGUUAAACACUUCAAUUAAAUGGUACAAUAAAGGCAUAUUGGUUUCCAACAUGUCCUCUCAGCAGAUCACUGCUCAUGUGAUGUUAUUAUGAAGUAGAGAGUUGGGUUGAAAUAUUGUGCUAUAUGACUUCAUGGGAUUGGAUGAGGCUGGGGACUGAAACCAACCUGUGGUAGAGCAGUGUUACAGCAUGCUUGACAUAGAAAGGUGACUUGAAUUCAGCUGUCAUGUGCAGUGUUUAAUGGUCAUUUGUUGUCUGUUAAUGCCAUAAUGUUUCCUUUUGUAAGAUCUUGUGACAUUACAAAAUGUAAUUGUUCACCAAAAGAAAUAAAAUCACAAUUCUCUAAUAAA